CGCGCUUGCGCAGCGCCGCCAGCCCGGCCCCGCCCCUCGCGGAGCGAUCAUUGGCCUCAGGGACAGGGUUUAGCUACAAGAUGGCCGCCGCGCACCUGGACCCCCCGAUUCCGAGCUCACCGACCCGGGAGUCGCCAUUCCCGGAGCCUUCGGACCUGGUCCUGGUGCCUGAUGGUGGCCGCUCUGCCACACCCCCAAGUGACCUCAUCGAGAUCCAGGUGGUAAAAAUUACAGAUACUACAUUGGUACCUGAGCCCCCAGAGCCCGGAUCUUUUCACUGUGCCCUGUGUCCCGCUGCCUUCCAUCUGGUCUCAGAGCUGCUGUUUCACGAACAUGGCCACCUGGCAGGCGUGCAGGGGGUUGGACAGGGUGGGGACCCAAGCCGUUGUCACGUGUGUGGUCACCGCUGUCCAGGUCCUGCUAGCUUGCGUGCCCACUACAGCUUGCAUACGGGAGAGCGGCCUUACCGCUGCCCACUCUGCCCACGAGCUUUUAAGACCUUGGCACCUCUGCUCCGGCACCAGCACCGUCACGGGGUGGAAGCAGGCACCUCUCGAAGGCUUCCACCGGCAGCAUCAACUCGACAGCCGAACCCAGGGAUGGCCCAGGAGAGGUCGGAGGUGCUGAAGGCUGCGGCAGCUGCAGGGGCUGCAGUAGGCAAGCCUUUCGCCUGCAGGUUCUGUACCAAGCCCUUCCGCCGCUCCUCAGACAUGCGAGAUCAUGAGCGUGUGCACACGGGGGAGAGGCCCUACCACUGCGCCGUCUGUGGCAAGGGCUUCACACAGUCCUCUGUGCUGAGCGGCCACGCCCGCAUCCACACUGGCGAGCGCCCCUUCCGUUGCACGCUCUGUGCGCGCACUUUCAAUAACUCCUCAAAUUUUCGCAAACACCAACGCACCCACUUCCACGGGCCAGGGCCUGGGGUGGGAGAGUCUGGAGGUCAACUGGGACCAUCUUGGGUGGUCCAGGAUUCAGGGAGUAAGCACGGGACAGAGAACACUACUGAAGAAGGGUGCAGAGAGCCUGUGGAGGUGAAAGUGGAGGUUGACCAGUAGGCUGGGGAGUAGGAAGCCUAUUAUAGGGGAAGUGGGUGGACAAAUAGAAGCAAAAGCCAAGGAGAAAUAAUGAGCAGCUGGGAUUGGAGAACUGAGAAGGAACCAGGUUCUGGUCUCCCAGAAACCCACGCUACACUUGAGACUCAGGAAAGAGGUACCUGCAGUUCUGUAGAUGCCCAGCUGAAUGUAAAAACAGAGAGCUGAGCAUGGCCCAUUCUUCUAAGUCCAGUAUUCUAGAGGCUGAGGCAGGAGGAUUGUGAGGUCUAGACCAGCCCAGGCUGCAAAGCAAGACUUAAUAAUCCACAACCACCAUCCUGGUCCAAUCCUGAACAGCCUCUGGACCAUGCAGGGGUUGCCCUAAGGUGGACUAAUAUGAAAUCUCUUACCUACCUCAACUGGGUUGCCUACCCUCCCUAGGCAGAAGAUGCCCACAGGUCAUCUCUAAAGGGAUGCUGGGAUGCCUUCUCCCUUAAAACCAGAGAGUACCUAAACCACAGUUGGGUGUCCAUAAAUCUCCAGGAUGAGCCUGCCCAUAGAGAUGAACUCUAAGUUCUGCUCACUCACCAUCUUACCCCAGAGUGUACUUUCCUUAGCCACUAGACUCUUCUGGAAGCGUCCGAGAGCACACACUGCAAGCAAGCAAGCAAUCACCCGGUAUCCCCUUAAGCUUUAGGCUUAGAGCCUGUGUCUCCCGUGUCUACAGACAAGUUUCAGAUUUCUCUGUUUUCCUCUACUGUGAGGUAAACAGCUUCCUGCUUAGUUCUGGGCAAUUCAGAGGAAGGGUUGGCUGCUGCUCACAACCUUGGUGGGCUGGUCCUGGGUGUAAAGAGUAAGAGGAAACACUGUGGAAAAGGGCUGAAAGUACUUGGGAGCUGGAAUUUGGGGUGGGAGUGGGGCCUUCGAGUCUGUUCCUAUUAAAAGACUUUCUGAAAUGCUUCUCUGUCAGUCUUGUAUUCCAGUUCUCUGGGUAGUUGGGAGAUCAGGGCCUCACUAUGCCUGUUUUCUUUUCUUUUCUUUUUCUCUCCGAGACAGUUUC